AUGAGUCAUUCUCCAAUCCAAGAGAAAUAUAACAGAUUUAAUAGCAUUUCAAAUAUUUCUUUGCAACAACUGAAUAAGUCGCUUAACUCUUCUAUUCUCAAGAAUGAUAAAAAUCAUAACAGUGUAUAUAACUUAACAAAUUCAUCUUUCAUAUGCGAUGAUGAUGAUUGUGAUUCAUUUACAUCUCCAUCUUUCACUAAGCAUGUAGAAAACAAAAAUGAUGAAAAACAAGAAAUUAUUAAUGACUUUGGUCUUCAAAAUAACAGUACAAUGUUCUCUUCUCAUGCAAGUAACCCAGAAAUUCAAGAUGAAAUAGAUUUUUAUCUUGAAAAAUUAGACCAAUUUGAUCAACGAGAAGCUGCAGCCCGAGGCAUAUUAACAACGCCUGUUGAUGAUAUAUCGAAAAUAGAAGAAUAUGUUUCCAGAUAUGAAGAAAUGGUUCUAAAGUAUGAAGAAAUGUUAGAAGUUGAUAAGAACGCUGAUUUUGAGCAAAGACUGUUAAAACUCCAAAAUAAUGUAGAUUUUAUUAAUAUAGAUAAUAAGAAAAGAAGAUCUAAAUUAUUAUCUGAAUUAUUCAAACAUAUACUUGAAUCAGACUCUGAAAUUCUUCAAACCUAUAUUGACGAUAUAAAAGAGUGUUUAGAUCUCCUUGAUUCCAUAGAAAUUUUGCAAAAUCUAGUAGAUUUUGAGAAAAGACUAUGCAACUGCUUCCAAAAAGAAUGA